ACACACACACGCAGUCAGUAGUGCAAGGGAGAGGUGGGAAGGUGAUACUCAGCCGCUUUCACUCUCUCGUGUGGCCGUAUUUACCCCCAGACAACAUGGCACAUUGAUCUGACCGUCUCUCUUCACCCUCCAAGAUGUUCGCAAAGAUAAUCUCAGACGUGCUCAACAAGUUUUUGGGGAAGUACAUUGAGAAUCUUGACGGGUCCCAGCUGAAGAUUGGCGUGUGGGGGGGGGAUGUUGAGCUGCGGGACCUUGAUGUGAAGGAGAGUGCCCUUGACGAGCUUGAUCUUCCUGUCCGCCUGGUGUGUGGACACAUUGGACACUUAAAACUCAAGAUACCAUGGAAGAACUUGUUCAAUGAGCGGUGGGAGGCAGCAGUGGAAGGGGUGUAUGUGGUGGUGGUGCCUAAGACCUCCAUCCAGUACGAUGCACAGAAGGAGGAGAAGCUGCUGCAUGAGAGUAAGCUGGCUGCCCUGCAGCGAGUGGAGGAUGCCAGGCUCAAGCAGCAGGAAAUAGAAAAAGGAGAUCAAACAGCAAAUCAAGAUGGAUUCUUUGAGAAACUUUGCUCCCAGAUUAUCCGCAACAUUCAGAUUUUCAUUAAAGACAUCCAUAUAAGAUAUGAGGAUGGCCUGAGCUGUCAGAAUUCCCAGUUUGCUGCAGGCAUCACACUGUCCAAUCUAAGCAUUCAGAGCACAGGAGCAGAUUGGAUUCCACGCCUGGAUACAAGUAAACUGGUGUACAAGCUGAACACACUUGAUUGCCUUGGCAUUUACUGGAAUGCAGAUGCCAACUUGAUUGCACAGAAUGGCCAUGACAAAAGUGGAAUGAUCAAGUGCCUUAAAGAACUAGUAACUUCACAAGACUAUAUACCUCAGGGGAUGAAUUACAUUAUUGGGCCAAUCUGCUCAGCAGCCAAGCUACAGCUGAACCCAAAGCCAGAGCAGCCAGAUGAGAAUGGAAAGACCUUUUCAAUCCCCUUUGCCUCCCUUGAUUUUGUUAUGGAUGAACUUGCUGUGGGGCUCUCACGCCGACAGUAUUCUGGGGUCAUGGCACUUCUUGACUCAUUUGACAGACUCCAGUUAUCUUCCAAAUAUAGAAAAUACCGCCCUCAAGUUAGCAAGGUUACUGGAAAUGCAAAAGAUUGGUGGCAUUACGCUUACAAUUGCCAGCUGGAGAACAUCAGGCGUGUGCACCAAAACUGGUCUUGGGAGCACAUGAAGGAGCACCGUGCCAAGUGCCAGAAGUACAAGGUUGCCUACAAGGCAAAGCUGGAGAACAAGUUGAGUGGUGGCAUGUCCAAGGAUAUUGAAGGAUGUGAACGUGCUCUGGAUGUGAUCAAUAUCACUCUAAUCAGACGACAAGCAGAAAUGGAGGUGCAGAGAGAAGGCCGCCUGCGCAAACAGGAGAAGCAGAAGCGAGGAUGGUUUAGUGGCUGGUUCUUUGGAGGUGGAGAAGAGAGUGACACAAAGGACAAGGAGGAAGGAAACUUGGCAAUGAAACUUAAAUCAGCAAUGUCUGAUGAAGAGAAGCAGAAGCUCCAUGAAGCCAUAGGAUAUUCAGAGAGUGGCCCACCACCCAGCUAUCCUGAGAAAUUUGUCGACAUUCUUCUGAAAUUCCUUCUGAAGCAUUUGACUGUCACCAUCACUGAUGAAGACACAGGUGGAGCAUGUGUCAUGCAAUUGAAGUUGGAUGAAGUCAUUUCAGUUGUAGAGAACAGAUCAGGUGCCAAUGCUCUCAGAGUUGUGGCAAGUGUGCAGAGCUUCAUUGUGGAAGGCUACGCUUUAGAGGGAUCUGUGCCGAGAUUGGUGUCAUCUGAGAUUGCAACAAGUGGUGCUCCUCUGCUUGCCGUCAUGUUUGAGACCAACCCACUGGAUCAGAAGUGUGACCAGCGUGUGACAGUAACAGCACAGCCUCUGCAGAUCAUGUACCAUGCCCAGACUAUCAUCCAGAUCAGCGAUGUCUUCGCUCCACCAAAAGAUGUGUCUCUUCAACAGCUCCAGGCAGCAGCACUCAGCCAGCUGGAAGUGGUGAAGGAGAGGAGUGUGACAGGACUCCAGGCAGCCAUUGACAACCACAGCAUACUUGACCUUAAUGUUUCCUUUGCUGCUUCCCACAUCAUUGUUCCUGAAAAUGGGUCAUACUCUGAUGGCCUUGGGUCCUGGAUGAAGAGUAAGCCAAGGGCCAAGGACUCCCCAGCCCUCACCGAGCUGGUGUCGAGAGGACAUUCCCAGGAGGAGGUCAUGGAUAUCGUCAGGUCAUCUUCAUAUGACCACUUUAUAAUAGAACUUACAGACAUUCAGGCCCUUGUGUCCCUCACUGCAGAGGAUUGGAAGUCCACCCUGAGCAGUGGCAAGGCCUCUCCGCUUCACCUGUUGGAGCCCACCACCCUGCAUGUGGACUUGCUCAAGUGUCUCCUGACCAAUGACCCAAAUCUGGCCAAGGUCAAAAUAAACAUUUCUCUGCCCAGUGUGGUUUUGUCCAUUGCUGAUGAAAGGCUGCUGCAACUGGCCUACAUAAUUCACAGCAUUCCUAAAGGAGAAGGAGGCACUGAACCAGAGGAAAUCACAGACUUUGAUCAGAGUGACGACCUGAGCCAGAGUGUUGCCAAUGAGGAUGUUGCUCUGGUGCGUCUGGAGCAGACCAAGCUUAGCUCAGGAAAGGAGCAGAAGGACACACCACAGUUCACUAAUUUGGAACUUUGCUUCACUAUUGAUGAAAUCAGUCUUGAUCUGAAGAAGAAGCAUGGAGCAGGUUACCAGUCCUUGAUGAGAGGAGCUGCCUUGUCAGCCAGCAUUGACCUCACCCACCGCACCUUUGAUCUCUCAGUGUCCAUCAUCUUGGGAGGCAUCUUGGUUGAGAGUGGAAAUGACAGACUGCUGAGCACACCCCUUGCUGAGGGAGGAGACCAGGCCUUGAUGACUCUCAAAUUCAUUCAGGUUAACCGAAAGAGUCCAGAUUUCCAGACCAAGCACGCUUCCACAAAACAGCUGCUAUGCGUAGAAGUGACCCACCUCAAGGCCCACCUGGAGCAGUCUGCUAUCCUCACCAUACUCACUUUUGUGGAGCAGUUGACCUUCAAGCUAAACCAGCUGGCCCCAGAGCAAUCCCAGGCCUUGCUAGCUCCCACAACUGAUCCAGAUGUUGAAACAAUCACAAGCAAGAAGCAGCCAAAACACAAAACACUGGUUCCACAAAAAAGAACUGUUCCAGACAUCAUUGGCUUGAAGAUCAUUGCCAAGCUGGGAAAUGUCAGUCUGGUUAUUGGGCUUAAGUCCCGGCAAGUUGCAAAAGUGGAUGUCGCUGGUUUGAUUGUUAAUGUAACCAUGAAAGGUAAAGACACUUUCAUCACAUCACAGCUGAAGGACUUCACUGUGAUUGAUCCAAGCACAACAGCUUUACAUCCCAAGAUUGUAGAAAUAGUGGAAGCUGAAGCAUGGGAUGCCCAGGUGUCCCUGUAUGGGGAAGCCACUGAAGGGGAGCACUACUUAGACAUGGAGCGAGUGGACACCAGCAUUUCACUUUCCUUUGGCUGUGCCAGAAUUGUCUUCCUCAACAAGUUUGUAACUGAUGUGCUGAGUUGGAUUGACAAGUUCCAGGCUGCCAAGGCUGCUCUGGCAUCAGCAAGUGUGGCUGCAGCUGUGGCUGCCCAAGCAACUUUACAGGAAGCGUAUGACAAAUGUGCUCGCAUUAGUUUGUCCUUCACUCUCAAGGCUCCUCUGAUCCUGGUUCCUCAAGACUCCAACAGUCUCUCUGGUCUCUUGGUGGAUUUGGGACAGAUCACAAUCAAGAACAAAUUUGAGCUCGGAAAAGAACGCAAUGAACUGGGUUAUCCAGCCAUGUUUGAUAAGAUACAGCUGGAACUUAAUAAUAUCAAAUUGUCAAGAGUUGAGCUGAGCACUGAGGGAACCAUAGAGAGGGAAAACAAUCUCCUGGAGCCCAUUUCUCUCACAUUAAACAUCUGCCGUAACCUCACAAUCUCCUGGCUGAAGCAACAGCCUGAGGUGGACAUCCAGGCUAAUCUCAAGCCCAUCAAGAUAUCCAUUAGUGAUGAAGACUUCCAGGUAACACUGAGUGUAUUACAAGACAACCUGAAAGAAAAGAUAGACAUCUCAGCCCCUGAGGAACCCUUGCUUGCUGAUGCUGCUGCUGAACUUACCUCAUUUCUGUGUUUGAAGUCAAAUAUUGACUUCCAUUAUCUUCUUUAUGAAUCUGCUGCUAGAAUGGGAAAUGCAAUUGCUCAUCUAUUUCUCAGACACCAUGUUUGGACAAUGUUACAAAUGCCAAGGAAGUUCAAAACCAGCUCAAUUGAAAGUGCUAAAGAUAUUGACCGUGUCCUUGCUGAACACGGGCACAUAUUUACCAAAGUGAAGUUUUCCUUCACCAUUGACACAGUCACUGUCGCCCUCCUCACUAAGAGCAGCAAACUUUCUUCAAUAUCCAGUGAUACUCUGAUGAGUGGAGCAGAAACCACACCAGGUGCUUCUGUCUCCCCAGGAGACCACACAUCUUCUGGCUCUGCUAAAAGUGCUGAGGAGUCCUUGGAUGCUGCAUCACCUUGCACAUUUUCCUUGACUCCUGGGAGGUUACAGGAAGCACACAGAGUGAUAUCAGACUUGGAUUGUAGUGCAGAAACUCCCAAAGAGGCCUUGGCUGAGAUAGCUCUUGAUGUUGUGACUCUGAAGGGAGAGAUGAUGUCUGAUGGAACACUGGUGGCCAAUCUUGUCCUUUAUGACUGUAUCUUGCAGGACACAAGGCCAGGACAAAAGGGCGGCAUCACCAAGCUGAUGGAAAGGAAGGAGCAGAGUGGAUCCCGUGGGAUGCUGGACCUCACGUACCAGCAGGGGAGCACCAAUGACAUGUUCAUUGAUUUACGGAUCUCUGGCUUUGUUUUGGUAUUGCAUCUGCCAUAUUUGCUAAGAAUACAACGCUUCUUCACGGAUAACUUACCCAAGCAACCUGAGGCAGUUCCGCUGCAGUCCAAAACUAAAGAGAUUGUGAAAUCCAAGCAGGCUGAGAAAGCUGCUGAGGACAGCAAUGCCAAAGGCAUGAUGACGGUGCGCAUCAAGGUGGAGCAGCCGGACAUCGCCCUGGUGGAGGAUGUGUCUUCCAUCAACACAUCCUGUAUUAUCCUCCAUGCAGAGGCCAACAGUGACAUCAAGAUGGCUCCUCAGAACCAGAACAUCUCAGCCAGUGUUGCCAACAUCCAGAUGUACACCUGCUGCUUCAAUCCCGAGAGCAGACAGAAGACACUGUCACAGAUAUUGGAUCGGUGUGAUGUGACCCUUCGAUACUCUAUCACACCAACACAGGCUGAGAGUAUUGAUGUCAGGUUGAGUCAAGUAAGCAUCCGCGUGUCUCCAGUAAGCAUAGAGCUUCUGAGCAGUAUUGCCACAACACUGGCCAGUGCAGAGAAGGCUGAUGUGGAGGGAACUGAGGAGAUCAAGGAUUGGUCUGGUCUCUGGAACGUCAGGCCAAUCACCAAAGGAGAUUUCUCGAUCCUGGAUGUUGAAGAGGGAGAAGAAGCCAUCAUGUCUGAGUCCUAUGAGGUAGCGAAGCCACAGCAAGUGCAUGCUGAUGGUGGAGGAGCUGAUGUGGUACUGGAGUGUGUGUUGCUGACCUUGGAGACUGGAUCUGCUACCUCAACCAUCCCACUCAUCAAACUGCAGACCAGCAUCCACACCUGCAUCACAGGCUUCCAUGCCAAGAAGCUGACUAUCAAGGGAGAACUGAAUCUUGAGAUUGCCUCCUUCAAUCCUCGCCUGGCCGUUUGGGAGCCACUGCUGGAGCCCGUGGAGCAGCCAGACAACUUUGGCGCCCCAGACCAUAAGCCUUGGGCACUCAAGUUUGAGGUGAUUCAGGAUCAGUCUGGUGCAGGGGACACCAAGAGCCCCUCCAUAGCAUCACCUGUGGGGUCACCUGAUGUGGAGGAAGUAGACUUUGAAGAGUGUCACUUUCCAGAUCCUGUUUGCACCAUCUCACUGACAGCUAAGGAUCCCAUGGAGCUGACUGUCACCAAGACCUUUAUGGAGGUGGUGGCCAUCCUGUCUGAGGCAUUCUCUGAUGCCUAUGGGAGGAAGGUGAUGGACUCAAAGACACCGUGUGCACCUUACCGCAUUGCCAACUAUACAGGGAUGCACAUCAGUGUGGAGGUGGCUCAGUCAGGCUUCAAGGUUGCAAGUGAGGGAGGAGAGAAUGUAGAGCAGGUGACAGUGGAGUCUGGUGCUCAGGUUGACCUACAUGAGGUGAAGGUGGUGACACCCAAGCACAAGAGAGUGGCAUCCCUAGUGACUGACUGCCAGAGCAUCCAGGACCGCAGGAUUGUACUUAAGAUCCCUCGUCUUGACUGCAGUUGCGUUAUUCCAGUGGCUCGUGCUGAUAAAAGGUAUUUUGAAGUGGAGCACAAAAAUUCUGGCGAGAAAUGGGGGAUAGUGACCAGUAUUUCAAUGGAAAAUGGCUGCAAAGUCAUCACACUCAGUUCCUGUGUGGAGGUCAUCAACCACCUGGAUGUGCCAGUGGAAGUGUACUACAUGACAGAGCGAGGCAAUGAGGUGGAGGCCGUGGUGAGUCUUGGCCAGAAAGAAAGCGCUCUGCUGCCGCUGCAUGCUGCCUACAGCCCCACAGCAGAACUCUUCUUCUGUGUGGAAGGACACAAUGUGUGCAUCCUGCCAUUUGUGUGGAGAAUUCUGCAGAACAAUCCUGACUAUGAGAUGAAGCUCAGCUGUCCACCAAAAGAUGUCAAGGAAAUCCAUGGCACUCCCUUCCUCAUGUUUGCAUCAGGCGAAGUGGAGCAGAUCCUGUGGGAGAACACCUCUCGCCGCACCAUGAAGAGCACCCUGUACAAGAUACACCUCCACCCCUGCCUGGUGCUGCACAACCUGCUGCCAGUGCCCAUCUCCCUGGAGCCACCUGGCACCAUGACCACUAGAGUCAUCAUGCCUGGGGCCUCACUCAACCUGACAAAAGCUCAGUUGGGCAGCAUGUAUUUAGAACUUGUGCUGAUGGAUUACCUGUCUCGUGACUGGAUAUGUGGCAAGCCCUUGGAGAGCAGUCCCCCUGAGCUCAGUGUGUGGACAUUCAAGUCUCGGGGAGACAUAAUGGGUGGCCCCCUGGACCUGGAUCUGGGAAUGCUAGCGGUCAAGAACAAACAAAUGCUGUCUCUUAGUCUUUACUGUCCUUUCUGGAUGAUAAACAAGACAGGACUCAUGCUCACAUACAGGAAGUCUCGUAAAGUUGAGAGAUCAUCCUCAACAUCAUCUUCAGACUCCCAGAGUAGUCCCGUCAAGCGUUGGGCAUCAACACUUUCUGUAAACUCCCUGUCACCCAGCACUGGUGGGCUGGGUGACACUCGGAACAACAUUGUGGUGCAUGAAGAAGUCAACAAUGAGGCCAUUCUAUUCUCCUUCAAGUCAAAGGCAUUUUUUGGAAAGAAAAAGGCAACUGUCAAGGUGGAGGACAGUGACUGGUCUGACAAGUUCUCCCUAGAUGUUGUUGGGAGCUCCGGCUCAGUACUGUGCAAGGCAUCCAACAGGAACUACCAGGUUGGUGUUGACAUUCAGCUGAGCAACUCUGGCCUCACCAAGAUAGUGGUGUUUUCACCCUUCUACUCAAUCCUCAACAAGGCUUCCUAUGAUAUUGAGGUUUCUGAGGUGGAUGUUCCUCAAGCAGAAUGGUUCACUGUCCUUGCUGGUGAAUGCAUUGGGUGGUGGCCAAUGGGCUCCAACAGGCAGGUUUAUGUGCGGGUGAGAGGCACACCAGACACCACUGCUGCCUUCCCGUAUGACCGCCCACUCUCUACAGUCCUUGCACUGCCCAACAUGUAUGGUGGUAUACUAGGAGAAGUGAACAUAAAGGAAAGUGGAGUGGUGGUGCAGUUUGAUCAGUACUACGAGGGAGCAGCCCCGGCACUCUUCAUCAACCACCUGAGGAAUACCAGCAUCGCUCUGUGGCAGCAGGAACAUGAUGAAAGUGUCAUUGUGUUGGAUCCUAUGAGUGUGGUACAUUUCACCUGGAAGGAACCUGGAGGCACUCUGGCAGUGUGUGGCUCUUUUGGGGACAACAAGCCAGUCACCCUAACCUUGGAAAAGGAUGACCAAGGUGGGACAGCUGAUGGGUCUGUCUUCUGGGCUGUGUUCCUUCAGAAUCAGCAGAGAUGUGUACUAUUUAUUGAUGACAUUAACAUCACCUCUGCUGCUUUGAAUGCUCCUAUGCUGGAGCGAUUCCAACAAGAAAUGACACUCUCACUCAACAGCAUUGGAGUUUCACUAGUGGAUGAUAAUAACAGGAAAGAGGUUGCCUAUAUCAGCCUUGCCAGCUCUGGAGUGGUGUGGGAACACUGUAAGGAGAAAGGCAGGAAACACAGGCCUUUCACUCAGUCACAGACAGAGCUGCUAGAAAAGUGUUAUCAGCUAUACCAAGCUCAAGUAAAAGCUUUGCCAGAUGCUUCAAGUGUUUGUAGCCACUUUGUGUGUGCUCGCAAUCUGGAGGUGGACUAUGCCAAGAUGAUGGUGUCAAAGCCAUUCAAAAGAAAAAUUCGGCGCACCUUCCAGCCAGGUGUCUGGUUACAGUUCAGCCAGUCAACCCACCAGCGGCGGAUCCAUCUCAAGGUGAACAAUCUACAGGUGGACAACCAGGCAUGUGACGUAAUGUUCCCUGUUGUCCUGGCACGAGUGCCUACACCACGCAGUGUGCUUGCUGAUACAGUUGCCAAACCAUUCUGUGAAGUCAGUGUUGCUCAGAAGAUGAUUUCACCAAUGCUGACGCAGUUCAGAUACCUGGCAUUCCUCAUUCAAGAGUUCCAUGUUAAGGUGGAGCUGCCAUUUGUCUAUGCCGUCAUGGAAGUACUUCUCCCAACCAGAGAAGUGUCUACAGAUCUCUAUUCUGUUGAAAAAUAUGAAAAAGACGAAAAGAUAGUGCAUGGAACUUUAACAUCCAUGGUGAAGAGCCAUGCCAGUGAAGGGAGAAAAGACUACUUUGACACACUGCACCUCUCACCAAUCAAGAUGCACCUGAGCUUCUCCCUGUCAGCAGCAGAUGCAGGAUCAACAGCACCUGUGGGUAGCCAAGUGAUCCAUCUCUUCCUGCAGAGUGUGGGAGUCACCCUCACAGAAGUCCAAGAUGUUGUCUUCAGGCUUGCCUAUAUGGAGCGUCAGAACCAGUGGAUGAGCUGGAAUCAGUUGGUGCAGGAGAUGGUGGCCCACUACCAGGGCCAGGUGGUGAAGCAGCUGUAUGUGCUGGUUCUUGGUCUGGAUGUUAUUGGUAAUCCAUUUGGCCUUGUGGUGGGACUGACCAAGGGUGUGGAGGAUCUCUUUUAUGAGCCUUUUCAGGGAGCAAUUGAGGGUCCAGGAGAGUUUGCUGAGGGCAUGAUGUAUGGCGUGACCAGCUUCAUGGGCAAGACUGUUGGCGGGGCAGCUGGGGCCGUGUCUCGCAUCACAGGAACAAUUGGGAAAGGAGUGGCAGCUUUAACACUAGAUGAUGAGUACCAGAAGAGACGCAGGGAAGCCAUGCACCGCAAACCUGCUGAUGGCAUAGAGACUUUGGCCAGAGGAGGGAAAGGGAUUGUCACUGGAGUGGUUGAUGGAGUGACUGGAGUUUUCCUGAAGCCAAUCGAUGGUGCCCGAGAAGAGGGUGUAGAGGGUUUCUUCAAGGGUAUGGGCAAGGGUGUUGUGGGGCUGGUGACUCGCCCAGCCUCAGGAGUCAUUGACUUUGCCAGUGGCUCCUUUGAUGCUGUCAUGAGAGCAACAGACUCAACUGAAGAGAUAGUACGGCAGCGACCUGCCAGAUUCAUUGCAGCAGAUGGUGUGAUUCGUCCCUACGUACAACACUUUGCUCAAGGUGCCAAGAUGCUUCAGGAACUUGAGAAAGGACGUUACGCCAAGACAGAUGUGUAUGUGGCACACGCCAAUAUCACCUCCAGCAAGUCUGUGCUUUUGGCAACAAACAAAAGAGUGAUGCAGAUUUCCCGCAAUGACAUCCUGGGACACCUCAAGGUUGAGUGGGUUCACAGUUUUGAUGAGAUGUCUGAGCCUCCCAUACUUACUCCCAGUGGCCUGCGUCUGACUGUGAAGCAGGAAAAGAAACGCGUUCUUGGCGUGUUUGGCAGUGGAAACAGUACUAAAGUAGUGCCAAUAAGCUCUGAACAACAAGCACAUGUAAGUCAGCAACAUGCACGAGUGCCUGCUGAUCAAAUGCAUGAAAGGAGUCCCAGUAGCACUUUGCUUGGCGCACCACAGCACAGUAGUAAACCCCCUAGAAAAAACCCUACUCCUAAGAAAAGCAUUUUUGGUGUUGUUGGGUCAAUAGGAAUUACCUUUGGCAAGAUUGGUAAAGACAUUACUGAAGGAGUGGCAAAAACUGUCACAUUAAAACCAGCAACCAGUAAUUUGAGUAGAGUGGGAACUAACAUAGCAUCUGGUAACAUGAGUUAUAACAAAAGUUCCAGACAGAGUUAUGAAGCAGCGAGCACACCAGUAGAACCCUCUGGCGUGAGCACUGCAUGCUAUCCUAGCACCAUACCAAUGGAGCCUACCACAUUUUAUGUCCAGGUGCCAUUUGAAGAUUCAACGAUGCAGUGGUUCCUGUCAUCAUUGAGCAGCGCUUACCUCAAGCAUGAGCAGUAGUCACCAACAAUGCCAAAGAAAACUUUCAAGCCUACCAGGAUUACUAUGUUUUGUUUGAUACACUACUUGACUUAAUUACAGUAAGUUAAUGCAAUGCAGACUUGAACUUAGCAUGCAGGCACUCAUAUUUCCAGAUUGGGACCAUUGUUUUGUAUGUAUAUUUUGUAUGAGCUUUCACCGUAUAUGCAUAGUAUUUGUUGAUUUUAUACCAAAGUUUUAUGUGAAACAUACCUCACCUCAGCAGGGAGAUAGGUACAGUCUUUCUUUGAUGAGCUAUUGUUCAUGAGGUACUGUGAUGCACACUGGAGAGAUGUACAAAUUUCUAGUUGAAGAAAGAGGGGAAAUGGAAAGAAAAUUGGAUUAUUACUCAUGAGAUCUGAGGUUUACUUCUUCUUUCAUCCAGUGUAAUUAUAUUGUUUGAUAUUUUCAUAAUGUACUGUAUGCUGUACAGUAAACUGAGGAGGUACAGUGAUAAAUAUAAAAGUUUUUUAUAGUAAAAAUACUAUACUUAGAUUUUCAUACAAUUUUUUACUUAAAAGCCUUUAUGGAUAUAUGAUACAGAUAUAUGUACUAAUGAAUGUAUAAUAUACUGAUGUAUUGCUAGGAAAGAUUUUUAUCACUAAAUCAUCAUAAUAGAAAAGAACACAGAGUGUUUCUAUAAAUUAUGAAGUUUAUAAUGUUAUCAGAGAAUUUUGAAAAGUUUCCCAUUUUAGGUUACACUGUGUUAUUUUAAAACUUUGAUGAUUUUCAUAUUUAAUUAUCUAUUAGUUUUAUUGGGGGACAAUAUUUUCUUUAGAAUGUACAAAACUAUCAUAGAAUUGUUUUCCUUGCUUGCAAACUAAAGUUUGAACUCUUUAAUUCAUCAUUUACAUAUCUGACUUGGGUAUUAUCAUGAAUUCAUGGUGUUUCAGUACUUGAAAGCUGGGGUUCACUUGUAAACUUGUAUUAUGCACAUCAUUGCCAGAAGCCUUCAUACCUGCCGUCCUUCAUAAGAUAUGAUGUAGUUAGAUGAAUAUUUGCAGACAUUUUUUGAACAUUCUUGCUUUCAUACUUACAUGCAACCAGUACACUAUAACAGCUUGCCACAAACUGUAUUGUAAAGCAUACAUUUGAAGUACACUAAGCUUGGCUAGGUUCAUUAAGCAGUAGCAAGUAGAAGGCAUUUAUUCUCCUCCUAGUGUAUAUGGUGAUCUGCAUCAGUAGUGAGAACAGGAAUGCAUACAUCAUUGUAUGGUGAUUAGGUUGCAUCCUGGAACCACCAUGGGGCUGACAAUUUGAAUUAUCACCUCGGGAAUUGCCUACACAGUUCAUUUGGGAUGUAUUGCUAUUAAUCAUUUUGAAUUUCAUGAUCACUGUCACUAUACAUACACCAAAAGCAUACUUACUAUUCCUAGUCUUAGAUGAUGAAGUAAAAGCCCUAUUAGUAAACCUAUCUGAUGAGUGAAUGAUAUUAAAAAUGUGUGUGUAAACAGUAUCCAAAACAGCUCAGGCUUCUUUGUUCACCAGUCAUAACAGACCUGUCAGUCAUAUUUUGUAUGAUUGGACACUGUAAGUAGCAUUGUGGAGUAAUCUUAGAUAUAUAACCAGCUAAGCCUACAUGGUGCAUGAGAAGGCAGUGGUAGUGAUAGGCAGCUGGCAAAAAUGUUUGCUGAGAAAUUGAGAUGUUUUGCUUUUUGCCUUUUUUCAUAACUAAAGGAAAGUUUGUUGAAUAUAGAUUAAUAAACAGUAUAUUUGUAGCUAGUUCAUUUCCAGAUCAGUGUCUCAUAAACUGAAAUGGUGCUUUUGUAGAGAAAAAACAGUUGACAUUGAGCUGCAUGAAUCUUUUAGCAUUCAACUUUCAGGCAUUCAUAUUAAAUUUCUCUAUUUAGAAUAGCAUUGUGCUUGAUGAGUAAUUCUCACAGAGGUAUAUCAACAUAAUUUGUAAAUGUGCUUUACUUCAGGUCUUCCAUGUUUAGUUCUGCUAUCUCUCUGAUUCCUUGCUUGCUAUAUGAGUGUCUUCCAAGGGGGGUGGCCUUAGGAGCAGAGCCAGCACCCCUUCCUAUCUACACACAGUCCUCUUGCUUGUUCAAGCCUUCUUUUUCUAGUAACCUCUCAUUCAUACUUGUAUGAACUCCUUUAUCCUAUCCCUCUGUCUUUCAAGUGCCAUCCCAUCCUGUCAGGAUCCUUGAUGUCACUCAUGUAGACUCUCUCUCUCUCUCUCUCUCUCUCUCUCUCUCUCUCUCUCUCUCUCUCUCUCUCUCUCUCUCUCUCUCUCUCUCUCUCUCUCUCUCUCUCUCUCUCUCUCUCUCUCUCUCUCUCUCUCUCUCUCUCUCUCUCUCUCUCCACAAUCUCCUCACUUUUCAUCCUCUCAUUAUGGCCAAGCUGCCUCAAUUCUUAACAGAUUUACAUAUUACACUGUCUACUUGCAUCUCCCAUAUAUGCUAAGUUGAUACUUAAUGUGAAUUGAUGUAAAUGUUUCUGAGUAAAUUGUAAAUAAAGAUAUAUUAUUCAUGAGUGAUUGUGUAUUGUGAAGGUAAAUUUCUGAGACCAAAAGCUCAUCUGGUGCAAACAAUUCACCUCCCACAGCUAACCAAAUUUAUUAUUCCCCUUAGACAUCCAUGAGCACUGCAUUAUUCCUGUGAAUGAGAGGAUAAGCACAAUAAUGGGUCAUCAUAGUAUGAUGCAACUACUAUACAGUCUUUUUAUACAAACAAAAUUGGUUCACUUACCACCAAAGCCAGAGACUAAAGGCUUGUGUUCAGUAAAUAAUGGUAGUAUAAAGUGCACAGUGGGAGCUUGUUGUGCCACUGCUGACUACCAGACAUGUCACUGCAUACUAUUUAACAAAAUCUUUCUAAAUGUCCCAUCUCUCUCCAACUUUAUCUCAUAUUCAAUUCACAUCUAUGUUCUACACCCAAGCUAAGCACUUUCUCCUAACAUUUCUUUUGCUCUUUGAGUCCUGACCCUUCCCCCAUCCCUCUCUUUUUUUUUUCUUCACCAGUAGUGCCAUAUGAUCACUGUAGUCUGGCACACACUUGUUCUUUAAUACAUUUCAAUUAAUCAGAUAUAGAAUGCUUUGAAAAUACAUAGAUAUCUAAAGUGAAAAAUCAGUAAGCCCUUCAUUCCCCCAGUAACCAUUACAGCUCUACUCUAUCCCACCCCAACAAGUGCCUUGGAAGAUCAGUUGGUACCACUGAAGGCUUAUAACAUUGAGAUUAGUGACAGGAAGGAAUUAUUACAGGAAGGCAAGUGUGAGAUCAAUUUUAGUAAAGAUAAAGGUGAAGUAAAUUUAAUCUUAAGUCCUAUUUCAUUGUCAUAGGAAUGUUGUUUUGGAAACAGAAAAGGUUUGCAUGUGUGAGGAAGACAUUGCAUUGUGGUUGUGGUUGCAUCCCUGUUCAUCAUCCCACCAACCAAAUGGACCAGAUAUUUUUGUGAUCUUGCAUUACUAACUCAAUCAACUACUUAAUUCAAAUAAUUGAAGCACACAUUUGCUCAGUAAUGUAUAUGAUAACUUACAUUAUGACUGUAGCAUUACUAACUCAGUCAUCCACUUAAUUCAAAUAAUUGAUGCCACACAUUUGCUCAGUUAUGUAUAUGAUAACUUACAUUAUAACCAUAUUCAUUUGAAUAAGUGUGAAGAUGUAUAUACAUUGUUCAUAUUUAUCCAGAUAUGUUCAUGGUAAAGCAUCCAUUACUAUGAGAAUACAAAUAUAUGAUAAUAUAUGUCAAAACAUAUUAUUUGAUGAUAUGGUAUGUUUUCCCCAUUAAUGGUUAUUCAGUACUUCUUGUUUUAACUUUUCUUGGCCUGAAAAUACCACAGUAUGAUCCACACUUCAUAUAUUAUACUCAGCAAGGUAGAAUCCAGUCAAAGGUUACGAACUCUUGAAUCAAAGCAAAGUUGAUCAUGACAAAAUCACAACCUAAAAACUUUUAAAUUUUCAGUGAAGAAUAAUAUUGUACAUAUUCUUUUGAUGCAGAUUUUUACAGUUGAAAAGGAACCUGUUUUGAAUAGAAUGUUUAACUUUUUAGUGUGCAAUCUUGAAGCAAGAUUCUUUCUUGCAUGAGGUUCAUCAGCUUUUGUGGCAGGCUUCAUUAUAUUCUGCAGUUUACAGUAGGUAGGCUGCUUGUGUGCUUAAUUAAUGCUUUGGGUUAUGUCAGAUCAAGCUGUGGAGGGAACCUGCCAUGUCUGAGUGUGUCUUGUACUGAUAAAGAAAGUCAUGGUUAGUGUGUUACAGUACUAUUACCUUAACUGCCUUCUUACGCCAACACAAACCAUCAAGGACAUUACCAUGCAUGCCACAUUAUGUUUGAUCCUAUUUCAUAUCUUGUUCCUCACUGUCAUCAUUCUAUUCACCCAGUUGCUUCCAUUUCCUAACCACAAGUAUACUUAGGUCUGGUCUUAUGCUGUAGUGCUGAGAGGUGUUCAAGCAGUGAUCUCCACAGUGUCUGAUCCUUGUGCAAGACACGAGGACAUGCAUGUGUCGUUUAAAACUUUUGAGAGUGGUUGGAAGCUUCGUAUGUGCAUCAAGCAGGUUAUACUUAUUGAGCUUACCAUCAUGCAGUUACCAAAGAUAGUCUAGCCACAAGAAAUAGGAUAGCUAAUGCUCUCUUUUUAUACUGUAAGAUUUCUGAAGUGAAUGCUUGAUAUUUGUUAACCCUAUCAAAUUCCUAGAUUCUCAACAUUCAUGUAAGGUAUUGGAAUUUUUUUAUUGUAUAUUAUGAAUUAUGUAAAUUUACCUUUUGAAGCACAUGUACCUAUAUUUAUGUUCAUAAAAGAAAAUGUUGAGAUAUUAAAAAAAAUAUUGAUUAUAAAGUAAAUGAGUUCAAUGUUGUAUUUGUUUCAAGUUUGAUGUCUUGACUUUAUCUACUUGUGCUGCUCAGUCUUUUACUUCUGUAUAUGUAUUUGAGGAAAACAGCAGAGUACAUUCUGUACUUAAAUAUUUUCAUAUCCAGGUGCAGCCAUCAGCUUGUGAUGGUGAGCACAGGGGACUGUGGAUCUCAUGGAGAAAGUAUGAGGUGCAUCAGGCUGUGGCUUUUUGAGCAGCAUAUUUAUCAGUGCUCUACAGUUUAGUAUUGCAGCCAUGUAUGUAUCCAGUGAUGUAUCUGCAGUCAUCAACCUGUUUAGGGGAAGCCCAACCCAUCAAGCCUCACAGCAAUGCUUAAGGCUUGCACAUUCACUGAAUCCCCUAAGGCAAAGAUCUUCCUGCAACUGUCAACUAAACAAUUAUCUAUUAAUUAAUUUGCAGAACUUAUUAAGAAUGCAGGACUGUAUUUUACAAACAAAAGUUAAGUUCUUGUGCCCACAAAAAAAAAAAAAAAUAUAUAUAUAUAUAUAUAUAUAUAUAUAUAUAUAUAUAUAUAUAUAUAUAUAUAUAUAUAUAUAUAUAUAUAUAUAUAUAUAUAUAUAUAUAUAUAUAUAUAUAUAUAUAUAUAUAUAUAUAUAUAUAUAUAUAUAUAUAUAUAUUCAAUGGUAUUGGAGUGAUGAUAAUUGCUGUAGCAUUCUGCCUCCACUAUGUUCGUGAGUUAUGAAGCCAUUUCCUACUGAAGAACUUGAAUCACACUUUCAUGAAUGCAUUCCCAAGACACCUAAGGAAUCCCUGCCCAUUGCCCUCCAACGUUUUGCACUGUCCCAGAACCUGUUGUUUAUUGACUGCAGAUUUGCUCUCUGUCUACUGUUUGUAUUAUCCUGAGGUUGAAAUAUACUAGUAUGCAUUAUAGAUAAAAUGAAGUAUAGCCAAGCAUUGGCUUUUUCUACCUGUAAUUUGUUUAUGGCAUAUUAAAGAGCACAAGCUGA